UCUUCUCCCUGGGUGAGCCAGGGGGAUUACACUCUGGGUCCAACUUCCAGCCAACAGGAAGUGGUACCCAGACACUGCGGGGGUUCCCGACGCAGAGCCCCUGGUCUGGAGAUCCUGGCCAAAGGUGUUCUGUGACGGCAGUGACUUCUGUGGUCUAAGUGCCCAUGGAGAAUCUGCGGGGACCCAAGAAGCCUCAUUCAGGGAGGAGAGCCAGGUCUCUGGACAGGUCACACGGCCCCAAGAGGGACUCAGAGUCAUGGGACUGCCAGUGCCUGUCCCUGCCCAUGCUCACCACCCCCUCCAGGCGGCUGCUCCGCCGGACGGCCAGCGAUGGCACCAGAUGUCCCCGGAACCCAGCUCAGUCUGUGGAGGCUCAGGACACCAUGGCCACAGCCCUCAGCCCAGAGGAGAACAAGGAGUUUCUCCCCAGUGACCAGAGGCCUCCUCAGGACACCAAGAAUGACAAGGUCCAGAAGCGCAGCCAGCAGGGGUGGCUGAAGACCCUUAAAAACUUCAUUCUGAGGACAGGCCCAGAGGAGCCUAAAGAAAAGGGCAGCCACAAGGCAAAGGGGAAGGACAGCCUCUCCAAGCCUGCAGAAACCCCUGAGACACCGGGGGACACAGCUUCUAGGAAGAAAGCCCACGACAAGAAGGCCAGCCGAAAGAAACACAGUCACAAGAAACAUGUUGCUGAGGAAACCAAGGGGACCCAAGAUCAAGAGGCCGAAGGCCAAGAGACAGGGCUGCCCAAGGUGGCUGCUGCCCAGCACUCUGAGGAGGCCGACCUGGGCCCAGUACCUAAGGGUGGGGAAGGUUCUGAUCUCCACCAGUCCUUGUCCACUGAGGACAGAGGUCCUGGAGUGUCGGAGAUCUCUUCUCAAGCCACAGGUCACUGGCGGGAAGAGGAGCUCAAAAACCUUGACAAGGAGACUAUCAUCAGGAUGAUAGUGGAAUUUCUCCAAGGAGUGGGAGACCAGUGGGAGAAGGAGCGGCUCCAAGCUCCUCGGCCAGAGGUGGUUCCACAGAACCCAGCACCAGCCGUCAGGAAGAAAUCCCAAGAGAAGAAGUCGAGUCUCAAGAGAGCCUUUUCUCACAAGAAACAUGGCUCUGAGGAGCCUAAGAGAGCGGGGCCUGCAGAUGUUUCCAGCCCAGAGUCCCGGCCACUCAGGAGGCCCAACUUUCUGCCCCUGUGUGUGGGGGGCCACCAACCCUCCACCUCCAGCAGCCCUGAUUCGGAGGAACCCCACAUCCAAGAGGCCCUGUCCGCAGACAGCGGGGCUCCAAGACCCUUCGAGCUUGCCACCCAGGCAGGAAGCCAGGGACCCGAAGAGGCCUUGCAGACCAACAGAGCCUUGGAAUUCAAAGAAUUCAUCCAGAAGAUCACGGCCCUACUCCAGGAUGCAGAGGAGCAGUGCGGAGAGAAGCUUCAAGUCCAGGAACCAGAGGUGGCCAUGGAAAGCCUGUCCCCACCCUGCAGAAGGAAAUCCCCUGAGAAAAAGUCCAGCUUCAAGAAAGCUUUUUCUCAUAAGAAACACAGCUCCAAGGAACCGAAGAGAGCGGGGACUGCAGGUGUCGCCAACCCAGAGUCCCGACCACACAGGAGGCCCAACUUUCUGCCCCAGUGUGUGGGGGGCCAUCAGCCCUCCACCUCCAGCAGCCUCGAUCUGGACGAUGUCGAGGUCCAGGAGUCCUCGCCUGCAGAAGGGACCCCUGUUGGAUCCUCAGAAGUGUUCUCCCAGAUCAGAGGCCACAAGCCGGAGGAGGAACCGCAGCCGGACGAAGUGUUCGAAUCUAAGGAACUGAUCAUUCAGAGGCUGGUGGACCUUCUCCAAGAAGUGGAUGACCAGUUGGGGGAGCAGAUCCGACGACACCCCAGCUUUAAGAGGUUUUUACACAAGCUCUCAGACUCCUCCCUCAGGAAGCUGGCAGCCACCCUGCAGAGACAGAAGGCCCACCCUGCAGAGCCAGAAGGUCACCUCACCGAGAGAACUUACCACUUUGCCUUCGGCUCGUCUAACAGAUUUGCCGGCAACGAAAGCCAUGCGGUCCUGAGGCUCAUGGGCCUGUGCUAUGGUCGCAGCCAACACAGCUACGCUCACUUCCCAUGCCGGGUGGCCCAGCAGAACAUCGCAAGUCAUGAAACCCAAAGUCCAGAUUAAAAGCUGUGCUUUAAACUCAAGUUCCCUUGACCUAUUCAAAUAAUUGGCAGCUUGGGGCCUCCUCAGGACCUUCACAGAUAUGAAUGACGACAAGAAGGGAUGGGCGUCUGCGCCCGGGUGCCAUCUUGGGCUUCCUGAGACUGAGACAUACGAAGCCCUCUCCCACUUAGCUGGACGAGGAAGCCAUGCUGGGGAAAGGAGGGCAAGUCCUGGGAGUUAGGAUACCAGAGCACCACCUGCUGACCUGCUCCAAACUUGCUGCAAGACCCAGACUUGUUUGUCUUCUCUCCAGACCUUGGAUUCUGGCCACGACUACGUAUGCAGCCCAUGGGAUCCCUCUGACUCCACUGUGCUCAAGUGUCUCUAAACGGUGGGGGGGGGGGGGGGGGGAGGGUCAGUGCUUUCACUCAGUGGCUAACUACGCGCCAGUGAGCUGGAGGCAGUCCU